AUGUCUGGAGACACCUACCAAGCCGAUGCCGCCAUUGUAGACGCCGAGAACGACGAGAAGAUAGACGCGGCGCAACAGCCCGCUAAAAGACCGCGCACCAUGACGAGUACGGCUGAGAUCGAUAGUACCAUAAUACAUCCCGGCUCCGUUCGUAUCAAUGUCAAAGGCGCAUUCAUCGUUGAUACACCUGAACAGCCUGGUACUCCCGCCAAUUUGUCCGGGUCUGGUGGUAGUAGUUAUUAUGAGACAAAAGAUAUUCGCCUUCCUAAUCAUACGGCUGUCGUCAGCCAUAUCGCUGUUGAUAUCGGUGGUUCGCUAGCUAAGCUGGUCUAUUUCUCCCGCGAAGCGCAUUCGACUGAUCCCGGCGGCCGACUGAAUUUCCAAUCUUUCGAGACGGAUCGCAUCGACGACUGUAUUGAGCUUAUGCGACAUCUACAAGACAAGCAACUCGCCCUCAAUGGCUCUAAGCCUGGUGAAUUAUGCGUAAUGGCGACGGGAGGCGGUGCUUACAAGUACUACGAUAGAAUCCGACAACGGCUUGGUGUUGACGUCCUACGAGAAGACGAAAUGGAAUGUUUAAUUAUUGGUCUCGAUUUCUUUAUAACCGAAAUACCACGCGAGGUCUUCACGUAUUCCGAGACAGAUCCUAUGCACUUCGCCUCGCCCAACGUUAAUAUUUACCCUUAUAUGCUCGUAAAUAUAGGGUCCGGCGUCAGCAUCCUUAAGGUUUCCGGCCCACGAGCCUACGAGCGCGUAGGUGGUACAUCCCUUGGUGGGGGUACCCUUUGGGGAAUUCUGUCGCUUCUUACACCUGCCGAGUCUUUCGAUGAGAUGCUAGAUAUGGCCGCGCAUGGUGACAAUGCCAAAGUAGAUAUGCUAGUUGGCGAUAUCUACGGCACCGAUUAUGGUAAAAUUGGGUUGAAAAGCACCACAAUCGCUAGUUCGUUCGGUAAAGUCUUCCGUAUGAAGCGAGAAGCAGAGAAUGAGGCUGAGGAUAUGGGUGGUCUUUCAAACGGUGAUGACCAAAACCGACGACAGCAGCAGAAGAACUCGGAACAAAAUACUUCAACAACAAGCUGUUCGCAAACACAACAACAGCGUCCUACAUCCUCUCGAGCAAGCGAAUUAGCGUUGUCCCGUUUCUCUAGUGCUGACAUUUCGCGAUCCUUGUUAUACGCUAUCAGUAAUAACAUCGGGCAGAUCGCAUACCUGCAGUCGCAAGUACACGACUUGUCCCGCAUAUACUUCGGCGGGUCUUUCAUCCGCGGCCACCCGCAAACUAUGAAUACGCUGAGCUACGCCAUCAAAUUUUGGAGUAAAGGCCAGAAGCAAGCGUACUUCCUACGACAUGAGGGAUAUCUAGGUGCCGUAGGCGCAUUUCUCAAACACCAGCCCCGAAACUGGGGUCGGAGAGGAAGUUUCGAAAAGGGUGAGGGACUAGAAGCACGAAUAAGAGAGCGUGCGGACGAGAACGCUAUAUGA